AUGGAAGAUAGGCGCCCGAUUGUGACCAGCAAUCAUAUGUACAUACUCAAAGAAGGGGUGGCUACCAGCUGCAUGGUCAUGGAUGGAGACGUGGUGCUCACAGACAAAUGGUUUGCUCUUCCUAGUGAUUCUGUGCCGCAUGUGGUUGUCACACCCUGGCUCUGGGACUCAUUAUGUUGAGCCAGGGUGUGUUCAUUCUAUGUGUUUAUUUCUAUGUUGGUAGUUCUGUUGUGUUUAUUUCUAGGUUGGUCUGAGUGACUCCCAAUCAGAGGCAACGAGUGUCAGCUGUUUGCUGGUUGUCUCUGAUUGGGAGCCAUAUUUAACUGUCUGUGUUUCACUUUGGGUUUGUGGGUUUUUGUUCCGUGUCGGUAUUGUUAACCGUGGACUUCACGAGUCGUGUUUUGUUAGUACUUUAAUUAAAUAAAGUCAUGUUUGUUUCACACGCUGCGCCUUGGUCUACUCACUCCUACGACGAUCGUGACAGAAAAACCCACCAUACCAAGACCAAGCAGCGUGUCCAGGAGCAGGCAGCCUGGACGUGGGAGCAGAUCUUGGACGGGCAGGGGUCCUGGACCUGGGAGGAAAUCCUGGCCGGGAUGGAUCGCCGGCCAUGGAGUGAGACGGUGGAGGCGCGCCGUAGAGAGGAGCUACGGCGUGAUCAGGGUCGUCGUCGGACGGUCGUGAGGCAACCCCAGAAUUUUUUUAGGGGGGGGCACACGGCAUGGACGACGGGGCUGACGGAGGAGAAAAGGGGGCGGAUCCAGAAGGCCACCAGGCCAGGGGUACACCGCCCUGUACGUCCUGUGCGGAUGCCUCACACAGAGUGUGUGAGGGUAGGCAUUCAGCCAGGACGGGUGGUGGCCGCUAUUCACUCCAGGCCUCCUAUCCGUCUCCACAGCCCGGUUCGGCCUGUCCCUGCUCCACGCACCAAGCCUACGGUGUGCGUCGCCAGCCCAGUCCGGCCUGUCCCUGCUCCACGCACCAAGCCUACGGUGUGCGUCGCCAGCCCGGUUCGGCCUGUCCCUGCUCCACGCACCAAGCCUACGGUGUGCGUUGACAGCCCAGCCCGGCCUGUCCCUGCUCCACGCACCAAGCCUAUGGUGUGCGUCGACAGCCCAGCCCGGCCUGUCCCUGUUCCACGCACUAAACCUACGGUGCGCGUCGCCAGCCCGGUCCGGCCUGUUCCUGCCACCCGCACCAAGUCUACGGUGCGCGUCGCCAGCCCGACCCGGCCUGUUCCUGCCACUCGCACCAAACCUACGGUGCGCGUUGCCAGCCCGGUCCGGCCUGUUCCUACCACCCGCACCAAGUCUACGGUGCGCGUCGCCAGCCCGACCCGGCCUGUUCCUGCCACCCGCACCAAGUCUACGGUGCGCGUCGCCAGCCCGACCCGGCCUGUUCCUGACACUCGCACUAAGCCAGGGGUGCGAGAAGUCAGCCUGGUAAGGCCCGUUCCUCCUCCACGCACCAAGCCAGGGGUGCGAGUCGACAGACUGGACCAGGGGCACUAUGGGGGGUGUAUUGGAGGGUGGUGGUCAAGGCCGGAGCCAGAACCGCCGCCGAGGAGGUAUGCCCGCCCAGCCCUCCCCUGUUUUGGUUAGUUGAGGUGCGGUCGCAGUCCGCGCCUUUAGGGGGGGGGGUACUGUCACACCCUGGCUCUGGGACUCAUUAUGUUGAGCCAGGGUGUGUUCAUUCUAUGUGUUUAUUUCUAUGUUGGUAGUUCUGUUGUGUUUAUUUCUAGGUUGGUCUGAGUGACUCCCAAUCAGAGGCAACGAGUGUCAGCUGUUUGCUGGUUGUCUCUGAUUGGGAGCCAUAUUUAACUGUCUGUGUUUCACUUUGGGUUUGUGGGUUUUUGUUCCGUGUCGGUAUUGUUAACCGUGGACUUCACGAGUCGUGUUUUGUUAGUACUUUAAUUAAAUAAAGUCAUGUUUGUUUCACACGCUGCGCCUUGGUCUACUCACUCCUACGACGAUCGUGACAGUGGUCCUCUGUAGCUCAGCUGGUAGAGCACGGCGCUUGUAACGCCAAGGUAGUGGGUUCGAUUCCCGGGACCACCCAUACACAAAAAAAAAAAAAUGUAUGCACGAAUGACUGUAAGUCGCUUUGGAUAAAAACGUCUGCUAAAUGGCAUAUUGUUAUUAUAUUAUUAUGUUACCCUUCUCGUGGGAUUUGGAUACGAGGCAAGAUCUCUGGGACCUGCAGUAAAGGCAGCAAGUUGCCUACGGUGGAACAAAACCUCUUGUUAUAAAGUGGAAAGCGCAUUCCUUGAUGGAAAUCAAGUAUGGAGAAUUAAACUCAAUGUGGAUGAUGUGUCAAAACCAGAGGUUGUGAGGAGAUCACGUUACCAUGGCAGGGAGAUGACUGAUCAUCCGGAUACUCCUAACAUUUUCAAUCAACUACCAGAGGAACUGUGGACAAAAAGUGCUGAAGAUGUGGGGCUGGUUGAUGUAGAACCAGUGGUUGUCUCCAUUCGAAAGGAAAGUGAACUCACUGUCCCAGUUCACAAAUCUCAAUACCCUCUCAGUGAAGAGAAGACGAGGGGAAUUGAGCCUACGAUAUCAGGACUCCAAAAAGGACAGGUUAUAUAUCCAACCUGUUCUGCGUGGAAUACACCCAUCCUUCCAGUGAAGAAAGGUGACACUGGGAAAUGGAGGAUGGUGCAGGACUUCAGACCAAUCAACGAAGUAACUGUACCAGAUGUUCGACCUGUACCAGACCCAUAUCUGGCCUUACAGAACAUUUCACCCACCCAAGAUUGGUUUACAGUUGUUGAUCUCGCCAAUGCAUUUUUCUGCAUCCCAUUACAUCCAGAGUCUCAGCCACUUUUUGCAUUUACCUACAGAGGGCAGCAAUUUACGUAUUCCCGUCUUCCACAAGGCUACCGUGAUUCCCCGGGAAUUUUCAACGCUACCCUGAAGAGCCACUUGGAAGAACUAACAUUACCUGAGGGGGUGACGCUACUCCAAUAUGUUGAUGAUCUUCUGUUGGCAGCACCCACUGCCGAGUCUUGUUUACAGGCCACCAAGUCCCUUCUCCUGUUGGUAGCCAAAAAGGGAUACAAGGUAAAGAAAGAGAAAGUGCAGUGCUGUCGGAGAAGCGUCCAGUUCCUGGGAAGAGUGCUGUCCGGGAAGGGACAAGCUGUGUCUGUGGCCCAGAGGACCUCCAUCUUGGAACAUCCCAAACCCACUACUGUACAACACCUUUUGUCAUUUCUUGGCCUUACUGGAUACAGCAGAACACACGUGCCAGAAUACUGUCUUAAAGUGGAACCACUGCGGGCAAUCUUGAGAGAAGCAGGAAACAGAAACCUCACAGCAGUCCUUAAGUGGACUCCAGAGGCAGAGGCAGCUUUCAUCCAACUCAAACAGACGCUAGCACAGGCUGAAGCACUGUCCUUACCCGAUUACACCACGCCAUUCUGUGUGGAUGUUUCUGAGCAGGACGGUUAUGUACAUUCCAUCCUGUAUCAGAAACAAAAGGGGGAGAGAAGAGUGUUACACUACUACAGCGCGAAACUGGACAACAUUGAAACAGGACAAACUGACUGUGCCAGACACAUGGCUGCCAUUGCAAAAGCUAUAGGUAAAACAGCCCACAUUGUGAUGAGACAUCCACUUGAAAUCAAUACAGAUCAUGGGGUGACCGCUUUUAUAGGCUCCAAACUUUUCACACUGUCCAGUAAAAGAAAAUCCAGCAUAACAAAGGCCAUCACUGCAAACCACAUUACAUAUGUGACAACAGCAACCAAUAUGACCGAUGGUAUGGGUCUUGGAGAACCACAUGUCUGUGAGGAUAGAGCAGCCAAACAGAUCAAAGUCCGAAUGGACCUGCAAAACUCACCCUUGGAGGGGAACAAAAUCACCAUGUUCACUGAUGGAUGCUGCUACAGGUCAAAGGACCCAAAGGAAGGAAACACUGCUGCCUAUGCAGUGGUGAAACAAGACACAGAAGGAGGACAUUAAGUAAUGGAAGCAGAGAAACUUGGUCCCAAUGAAGCUUCAGCACAGCUAGCUGAACUCAGAGCGCUGAGGAGAGCCCUUCAGCUCAGCAAGGGAAAGAAUGUGGACAUUUACACAGAUUCUGCCUAUGCACAUGGGAUUGCACACAUUGAUGGACCACAGUGGAUGAGGAGAGGGUUUGUGACCAGCUCAAAUGAACCCAUCAAACAUAAGGUUGAAGUACAGAAGCUAAUUGAAGCAAUCCAGUUUCCAAAGCGAGUGUCAAUAAUGAAGUGCAAGGGACACAGCAGAGAAAGUACAAGAGUACGUGAAGGAAAUGAUCGAGCUGAUCAAGCAGCAAAGGAUGCAGGAGGAUAUACUGCUCAGCAGAUGGUACAACGAGCAACUCAAGGCCAAGAGGAACUGACGGCAGACACAGUAAGACAGUUGCAAGAAGCAGCAGAUGUCUACGAACAAAACGUAUGGAGCAGACAAGGAGCGAGACAAGACCACCAAGGAAUGUGGAGAUCUCACACAGGAAAAACAGUGGGACCUGCAAAACUUCUCAGGUCAAUCAUAAGGGAAGAGCACGAAAAGGCCCAUGGAGGAUGGAAAAGUGUUACAAAAUCAGUGGAAAAAGCAUGGUGGCAUCCACACAUGUUGGACAUGGCAAGAUAGACAUCAGAAAGCUGUGAAGUAUGCAAACAGUAUAACAACAAAGUGUCACUCGGAGCAGUGAUAGGCAGCUUCCCAAUACCUGACGCGCCAUUUCAAGACAUUUGCAUAGAUUGGGACAGGACAACAGAGUGGAAGGAAAAAGAUACCUGUUGGUAAUGGUUGACAGAUUCACCAGAUGGGUGGAAGCCUUCCCCACAGCAAGGGAAGACGCAAAAGCUGUGAUUAAAUGGCUCAGGAGGGACCUCAUCCCAAGGUUCGGGGUCCCGCGAAUGGUCCGUUCCGACAACGGUACCCAUUUCAAGAAUAAACACCUGAGGGAGGUAGAGCAGGCCCUAGGAAUCACCCACAAGUUCGGGUCAGUGUACCACCCCCAAUCGCAGGGACUCGUAGAAAGAGCUAACCAAUCGCUGAAACGAAAAAUGGCCAAAAUCAUGGCCGGAACUAAACUGAAGUGGGUAGAUGCGCUGCCCCUAGCUCUAAUGUCAAUGAGAAACUCACCUGGGUCUGACACCCAUUUAACACCCCAUGAACUCAUGACAGGGUGUAGAAUGCCAGGACCACCAGCAGACAAUCUUAGCAUGCCUAGACUAGACAUUGCAAAAAUCAGAUACACAGACUACAUGCAGGCGUUAACCUCUCUUGUUGAAAGAUUGUCUAAACAGGUGGUGGAGGUUCGCACUCCUGCUGUUGAAACUACAGACGAGAACAGAGACAUCUUUGUGGGAGACUGGGUGAGAGUGAAGGUGCAUUCCAGGAAGUGGACGGAGCCAAGGUGGGAAGGACCCUUCCAGGUGAAAGAGGUAUCAAGCCACUCAUUGAGGGUGAACACGAGCAAGAAGGACGUGUGGUACCACAGGACACACUGUGCCAAAGAUAUAGUUCCAGGGAGGACUCUAGAUCAGGUACAACAGGACUUGGCAACAGAAGGAGAAUGA